AUGCGCUGUUGAGACAUUUAAUCACGUUGCAUUUUGGGGAAUGUAGUUAAAGCCAUUAAAAACUGUGUGUUACAAAACCGUAACAUUAAAUGGCUCAUGUAACUGGUUGUAUUGGAAACGCGUUUCUCAUAGCUCGACUACUAAAAGGACGUCUUCUGUCGUUUAUGUCUGUUAGCUGGCUUUAAAUUAGCUGCACCAUUUACAGCAUUUGCAGGAGUUCAUCCUUCUUGAGGCGAGUCUUGAGAGUUGUUGCCCAAAGUUAUCAGGGACCCACUUCAUUACUCUCCAAUAAGACCAAGGAAUUCACCAGUCAAACCACCAUGUCUGAUAAAAAACGUAAGUCUACAUCUGCUGCUGUGAAAGAGCCCAGUGCUAAGCAGCCAAAGCUGCUUCCCACGAAGGAGAAGGGCUGGCUGCAGGACCGUCUGAAGCAGCAGAGGACAGAGAAGAAGGAGAUGAAAUUCAACACAAAGCGCCUCCACUUCAUAUCUAACACUGAGAAGAUAAAGCAUGGCUCACAGGGUGUCCUGUACUGGAUGUUACGGGACCACAGAGUACAAGAUAAUUGGGCGCUGAUCCAUGCCCAGCAGCUUGCUCUGGAGGAGAAGCUUCCUCUGCACGUCUGUGUCUGCCUGUUUGUCCCAAAAUCAGAGCUGUCCACUCUGAGACAUUUCAGCUUCAUGCUGAAAGGUCUGAAAGAAGUCUCAAAGGAGUGCAAAGCCUUAGACAUCCAGUUCCAUCUGCUCCAUGGCUCAGCUGACGAUGUUCUCCCUGGUUUUGUGUCUGAUCGAGACCUGGGCGCAGUGGUAACAGACUUCUCCCCCCUCAGAGAGCCAAUUCAGUGGUUGGAGAGCGUUAAAAAGACUCUUCCAAAAGAUAUUCCCCUCAUACAGGUGGAUGCCCACAAUGUUGUUCCCUGCUGGGUAGCAUCACCUAAACAAGAGUACGCCGCCAGAACAAUCCGGGGAAAAAUCACAAAGCUUCUUCCAGAUUACCUCACAGACUUUCCUCUAGUGGAAAAGCACACCUACACAGCUGCAAAAACCCCAAAACCAGUAGACUGGGAAGAAGCCCUGGCCUCCCUGCAGAUAGACCAAAGUGUAGGAGAGCCAGAGUGGGCUAAGCCCGGCACCAAGGGAGGAGUCGCCAUGUUGGAGUCGUUCAUUGAUGAACGCCUUAAACUAUUUGCAACCCAACGCAAUGACCCAAACGCUGCCGCCCUCAGCCAGCUUUCCCCCUGGAUCCGCUUUGGCCAGCUGUCAGCCCAGCGUGUGGCACUGCAGGUUCAGCGCAGUGGAAACUCUGCAGGUGCCGCCGUUUCCUCCUUCGUCGAGGAGCUGGUGGUGCGCAGGGAGCUGACGGACAACUUCUGUUUCUACAACAAGAAAUACGACAGCGUUGAGGGGGCUUAUGAGUGGGCUCAGAAGACUUUGAAGGAUCACGCCAAAGACAAGAGGGAGUAUCUCUACACACGGAAACAGCUGGAGAAAGCAAGGACACAUGACAAACUCUGGAACGCCUCUCAGCACCAGAUGAUCACUGAGGGGAAGAUGCAUGGUUUCCUGAGGAUGUACUGGGCCAAAAAGAUUCUGGAGUGGACUUCUUCACCAGAGGAGGCGCUCUCCAUCGCCCUCUACCUAAACGACCGCUAUAGUCUGGAUGGCCAGGACCCCAAUGGCUUUGUCGGUUGUAUGUGGUCUAUCUGUGGCAUCCAUGACCAGGGCUGGAAAGAGAGAGAGAUUUUCGGAAAGAUCCGCUACAUGAACUAUAAAGGCUGCCAGCGGAAGUUUGAUGUAGCGCGGUUUGAGAGAAAGUACUGUCCCAAAAACCUUUAAAACAUCAAAAAGUUUUUGACAGAUUGGGAAUAAAUGCCUAAGAGCAUACAUCUCCUGCAGCUUAAGUUCCAGAGCGCAUCCGUACAGCCUUUUCAAAAAAAAUGUAUAAGAGGAUUCUAUUUCUUUCAAUUUAGGACGACUUGGGGUUUAUUUGACUUAAUGUUCAGGGAGGUGGUUUUUGCUUAUCGAGAUAUUUCACUGUACAGUAUGCAGCUUGCUAAGCUUACGAAGCGUUUGAACUUGGUUUUAUGAUGCCUUUUGUUUUUCAUAUACAUAAUUUUUGUUCUAAACAUGCCUUAUUUGUGUUUAAACAGAGGAUUUGACUCCCUAUUUUAUAAUUCCUAACCAUUUUCCUCUUACCUAUAUCAGUUUGUUUAUUUUUCAGCUGUACACCUGUAAUUGAUCUGAAAUACAGACUUUUUAAACUCGUAUGCACACACCAACUCUCAAUAACUUUGAACUGAUUUCAUAAACACCAUAAAAACAAAGUUAUAGCCACACUUGAAGUGAAUCUGAACAUAGAUGAGCUGCUGUCAAAGGAAUUUAAACGUGGAUGCAUUCGUGAAUCAACAAUGGAAAACGAAAAAUAUGAAUGUGUGCUUGUAUUUACAGGUACUGAUUUACAUCAUGUUUGCAAAUAUGGUUUUCCUAAGCACUGAUGUCAUAAGCAUAUAAACAAAAAUCUCCCCUCUACUAUGGACCUUUUUAUUUUGUUCUUUUAAAGGUGGAGAUAUACUCAAAGUUGUGCUUACCUGAUAAAUAACUUUAAAACA